GGCCCCCUCAGCGGAGUAGGGUUGGUGGUGUCGUGCCAAUGGUGACGUUCCCGACCUGGAAAUACACAUCGCCUUCCAUACCGCAUACUGAGAUGUGAGGUGGCGUAGUUGCUUCUUCAUUUCGAGAAUGAAAGGCCUGUUACCAGAAUCUAACAGAAGAUGCUAGAAGGGAAAUACGUAGCUCACAACUCAAGGACCCGCCACCCAAUAUUCCCCGGGAGCAUCCAGCUGUGAGGAGACAACCGGUAAAGUGCUGACGAAGGUGCCGACGGAGGGAUGGGGAAGAGGAAGUGCUCGGACGAAGAGUGGGAGAGGGAGGAGCUGGCCGUCCCUCUCCCGAUACAAACCUUCCUAUGGCGCCAGAGCAGUCCGUUUAUCAGACCCAAACUAGGCAAGCUGCACGAGGCCACCUGUAUGUUCUGCCAGACAGCUCCUAGCCAUCACGAGAUCAAGGAAGCCUCCAAGUCACUGGAGAAGGUACUCGUGCAAAACAUCCUCUUCGGACUCUCGCCCUCAUUGACCGAUGCCAUAAAGAGUAUUCCAAGAUGGAGGUUCAUCCAGGCCGCCGUUCCUCACGUGAUGCACUGUGCUGCCUCGCUCCUCUACAACAGGCGGGAGUCCACCAUCACCAACCUUGGGGCGGCAGAGACGAAGCUGCUGUACACGCUGCACUGGGUCAUCCUGGACGCGGCCGAGGAGUGUGUCGACGCCGACCACGAACGGAUCACCGCAAGGGAGGGCGGAGGCGUCACCUACCACUUCUCUGUUGCCACAAUCCAGGUCUUCGUAUAUCUCUUCGCUCCUCUUCUCCACACACUGAAGGAAUCAGACUUCCAGAAUUUCAGGCUUGAAAACGGAUUAAAAAUCUGGGCUGCGUUGUGGGAGUAUCGCCACCCGGAUGUGCCGGCCUUCACGACGCCCGUCAGGCCCCGCAGACAGGUUCUCCGUGCCCGGAAGAUGCGACGAUCCAACACGCAGUUUGGAGAUGUCUUCUUAGGAGGAGGAGCAGGUCGACUAGGCAUUACCCCUGAUGAUGAUAAUCUUCUUUUCCUGUUGAAUGGAGGGAAGAGUCGCUCCAUCACGCCACCUCCCAGUGAGCCCACGUCAUCCUCAACACAAGAUUCAAGGAUACCAGAUGCAGCCAAACUUGAUGAAGAGUUGCGGAUCCUGAGCGGAGCGCGUGAGUCCACCUUUCCUGAGACCAUCCCAGAAGAGACAUCCAGCACAGAGGAGGAGCAUGUGGUGAUAUUUCGUCUAGGAUCAUAUCCUGACAAUGAUGGGAGAGAGUCUCAUGUCUACAAGGCAGAGCAUCCUUCUUCCUUUCUUCGUCCUCCAAUCGUUGAGAUCAGUGACACCACUGCCACUACCACCCAGCCACCAUCCCUGGCAGCCUCCACACCCACAGAGUCCCAUACACCCAGACUUAAUGAGAUCAAUGCAUCUGCUAAGACAAGCAUCUCGGGGGGCGGGGCUAAACCAAGCUCUUUGGUGGACCCCACCCUGGCCACAUUCCUUGAUGUGGCUGUGAUGCGAUGCCUCUUUGUGCCCCAGUGGAUGGAGGAAGGAGUAUAUUGGGCACUGAAUUUUAUCUAUAGAAGACUACAGGACAUUGGUGAGGAGACAGGCCACUCAGCUCCUCCUCGGAGACGCAGCAACUCCCUGCCCAUCCCCAAGAUCCACGUCUCUCUCCACUGUGAACCUGUGGAGGAGAAGAAGCCCAAGGAAGGUCCAGAGCAAAAUGAACAGUCCUCCUCAGACUACAUCAGUGACCCAGUGUUUCUGUCAGAUCAUCCCUGCCAGAGAGACAGUAUGAGCAGAGCAGGAGGAAGCACCAGGAAGAAGAAAAAGCUUAAUGAACUCCGGGCCUUUGUGGAGACUAAGUUGAGGUCUUGUUCAGAGAAGGCUCUUGAGAAGAUAGGUCAUGAAGAUUCAAGCAGAAGAUCAUCUAUAUCAGAAGAUCAGGGUGCUGGUGGGGGUGGAGGGGGUGGAGAGUUUGGUGGUAGUUCUUGGGGUAUUGAUGGAGAGCAGAAGUCGAGACCCCACUCUGCCCUGGACAAAUUUGUGGAGGAUCGCCACCAACCAUGUCCUCCAUCACCUAGGUUUCCCCCAGCUGGCUUGAUCAAGGGCAAGAGUAUGCCAUCCCUCAGCAGCCUUAUAGAUGAGCUGCCAUGCCUGGGGUAUGUAGGUGAGGGCCGGCCAGAUAGACGAACGUUCCCCCAGAUGGUGGGCACCACUCACCCCAUCAUCACUGUCACUCAGCAUACUCCUUCCCCAAGUGAACAUGGUUGGCGGGACCAAGCAUCUCAAAGUGGGAGUGUAGAGGGGCAGGUGGUGUACCAGAGGCCUCCACUUUCCCGGUCACAGACAGACUCAAACAUUCAGUACUCCCAUGAAGAAGCUAUUGAAGCCCCGGGCUCCACACACUACAUAACUCAUGAUGGCCACAUUAACCUCCAUGUCCUUCUAAAGGCUCUACAUUCAGUGGCUCAGCGUGAUGGCCACGUGUGUUCUCUUCGAGUGUGUGAGAUCCUCCUACACCUGCUGGACUUCCUGCUGGACCUUGGCAUCCUCAAAACCAUCAAGCAGUGGGAAAAAAUAGACAAAGACAAGGAUGAAGAGCAAGAGGAUGAUGAUCCCAAGCCUUCAGAGAAAGGCAAAGAACCAAAGCAUCAUUCACUAUUUAUGGACAUUGUUAUUAGGCUUUACCGCCACCUGGGCUGUCAACAUGGCUGUAAUGACGGCCAUCGGGGACCACCCGCUGAUUUUCUUCGUCACACUGGCCAGGCUCUCCUGGCUCGUCUCCAUCGCCAUGACCAGAGUGCUUUCAGAAGAUUCUUGAGGUGUUAUGUGAAAGUCAGGCCUAUUCCUGAGAUCUUGGAAUUCUUCCAUGCCUUUCUUGGAUUCUGUGUAGAUCCAGGUUCCCUCCUGUCUCCUAUGAGUCAGAAGCGUUCUGGAUCAGGGAAAGGUGUGGAUAACCAGCAGGGGGGAUAUGCUACCAACUUUGGGGCCUCACUGGGAGGUGCUGGAUCCAGGGGUAUUGAGGGGCAGCUGGUGGCUUGUGUGUUCAAAGCUCUGGUGUCACGCUUUGUCAAGGCCAACAAAGAACUCAAAAACCCCGAGAACAUGGCUGUGUACUGUGAUGUCCGCCAGCUGCUGGGAUAUAUCCGUGAUGGCCAUGGGGGGGUGUUCCGCAGGGUGGCCCUCUCAGGUCUCAUAGAUUCUGCUGACCGUCCUCACAAGCAGAGGCAAAAGCUGCAGACCACCAGAGUAAUUAGACGUGUGACAGUUGAGGAUGAUGCUUACCGAGACUCACCUCCAACCAUGGCUGAAGAGGGAGAAGUUGGGAAAGGAAAGAAGGGAAUUUUCAAGAAAAAAUCAACUUCCUCUUCCAUCACUUCAGCCAUCAGAAAGGCCCCCUCCAUCAGUAGCGUUUAUGAUGACCAACAGGAGGAUUCAUCAGGAGUUCAGAGUCCAGUUCAGAGCAAUCGUCGGCGCCACCACCAGGUGAUGAGUUCCAGGUCAGCAGAGCAGGACCACCUCACCCCCAAUGCUCAUCCCAAGGGCAGGAGAGUAUCUAAGCUUGUGGGUUGGCUUCGUGGCCGUAGCAUGGAUGACGAUGGAGGACUGAGUGCAUAUAUGGGUGAUCAUGUGGAGUUACCACCAGUUUUAGCUCGAAAACUUGCACCAACGCCACACAGCAUCUCUCAUGGACUUGUUGGUGGAUUUGCUCGCCCCAGGCUAAUCACAAAGCCAGGAGCUGGGCCCAUGAGUGCAAAACUUAUGCAGGCUCGGAAUAGAAUGGAGUAUCACAUGUGUAAAAUUGGACUUGGGAAGAACAAGAAGAAAGACACGAGUUAUGAUGAGACUCCUGACCCAAGCAGAAGGAACAGUCUGACAGAGGAAGGUGCUGUUCGGGAGACAAGUGUCGUGCUGAUGAGGGAGAGAAAACUAGUGCCAGUCGAACUUGUAAGAAAUGGAAUGUUACGUUUCAAAUUUUUGCUUGAGACCUGCCAGCCAGGCUCCAUCCCUGAUCCACAGCUUAUUGCUGCAGUAUUAGACCUGCCUGGAGCUCCAGUAGUGGCCCGUGCUGCCUUCCUCUUGGAGGUGGCCCACUUCAUCCAUAGGUGUAAUAUGGGGGCUUGGCCAUCUUGGAUCAAAAUGUCCCUUCCUAUGUACAGACCAUCGAUGCCCCACGGCAGGAAUCCACCAUCAGGGGCAAGAAGAAUAAAUAUCCUCCAACGGGUUGCAGGCAGAAUGUUUUAUCAGUGGGCUGAGGCCCUUGGAUCACGCUUAGAGGAAAUGCUGGAAGAGUCAGGGCCUACAGUACAAGAAGUAGUGUCACCCGUCACUGAUGAGGAAACCAAGCGCAACCUCCGGUCCAAUGAUGAGGAAGAGGAUUUCCUUGAUGAAGUGAGUGUAAACAAGGGUGGAUCAGACUGUCCUACGGCACUUAAGUUGGUGGCAGUCCAGGUGUUGCUGGAGAUCACUGCUUUCCUGCGAGAAACGUACUCUUCUCUGCCGAAGUCCACAAGGAUGUCUGUACGAGGUGACCGAGCAUCAGCCUGGGGCCCUCAGUGUGGGGUGCUGGGGGUUGGGAGGGAUUCCAACAGGAGGUGGUCAAUGGCUUUCUCCUCAAUGGGAUAUUCUCAUCCUUCAGCUCAGAGCCUUCAGAGCAUUGGCGAAGUCCAUCCAGUUGGGCUGGGUGAGCGCAAAAUCAGCUUCGCCCUGCAUGACCCAGACAAUGUAAGCCUUGGCAGCUCCAACACCACAGUUACGGUACAGAGUGGACAAUACUGUGAGGAUGAGCGAAGGCGGACAGUUCAGUCCAGCCGAAGUCACCACCUGUUCAAGAAAGGCAGCAGCCAUAACUCCUCCUUCAAACGGAGGUCCUUUAAGCUGAACCGGAGAUCCAAAGAGUCCGACUCUGAGUCCAUCAAGAGGUCAGACAGUGUAAGGUCCAGAAGGAAAGUUUCUGCUGUCAGUGAACGGUCAGACACCUCAGAACACUUAGAGCAAGAGGUGUCGGGUGAGGAAAGUCCAGGAGUAAUGAGUAAUGAGGACCUUCCCGACAGUCCUACUGAUGGAGAUAUUGAUGAAGAGUCCCUCACCACCAACAUGCCAUGGCUCAAGGUUGUGGUACAGAUCUCAGCUCUCUACAACAUGACCUGCACUCACCAGAACUUCUGUCAUCCUCACUGCUACAAGAGGAACAUGAGGGCCUGCAGGAGACUCAUGCAUGCUGUUAGGAAGAUGUAUGGUGAAGAGUUUGAGGAGCAAGAGGAGGAGACUGUUAUAGGAUGCCUUGGGGAACACAAUAGCAAAAAGGAGAAAAAGACAGGGAGAAAAGCCUCAGAGCAGGGACAUGGCUCACCACUGAAGAGGAAAGAGAGCUUUGCUCGUCGAGAUAAGAUUGACAGGAGUGUGGAUAUAUCUGCCGUGCUUUCUCGACUGGGUCACCACCAGGGGUCUGCUGUCCACCUCUCAAAAGACACCAUUGACACUGAUGGUGAUGGGAAGGAUCUAUCGAAGGAAGUCAACAAUAAAGAAGAUAAAAAGUUACCCAAGAAAGGGGACACACUAAUCAUGAGAUAUAUAAAAACUCAGGUGAUGGGGCUCAGCCAUGCACCUCUGUCCGUGGUGUGCAAAUCUGUAGCAGUGAUGAGUGAAGAGCUGCUGCUUGAUGCCGUUCCUCAAGCCUGGGAGCUUUUAUUGGAGCAUGAGAAUGAAGUAUCAGCUACUGCAGCCGUGGUAUUCAUACUUGCUGGGGUGAGAGUGCCUUCCCACACCUCAGACAUCAUGACAAGAGAGCUGACGCAUCCUGACCCUAACACCAGACUUAAUGCCAUACUCAGAUUUCAAGUUCUGUGGCAGUCACGUUACCAGGCUUGGCCUCGCAUGGAAGAAGGUGCCCAGCUAACUUUCAAAGUACCUCCACAUGGGAUAGAGUUCACACUACCUUCACCCAAAAUAGGAGUGGAGUCCUUGCCUGUUGUAGAUCCCCCAUGGAUGCCACACUUCAAGACUAAUGUGGAUGAAGUGACAGUAAACCAAAUUCAACACAGAUCAUUUGUCACAGCAACACGCACUAGACGCAAGCUGCAAGCUGAAAUGGUGAAGACUGCACUGGAGGCUGAGGAAAAGAAACGGCGUAUUGAAAGGGAAAAUUUCCUGCUUACCACUGUCCCUGUUACUAUUCAGGCAGCCUAUGAGCCUGCUCUUCACCAUGUAACAGCUGAUGACCAUGAGGAAGGUACAGGUGAGGAAACAGAGGCAGAAGUGGGCCGGAGCAGUGCCCACCAUGUGUCUGUGGCUCAGCAGCUGUUCCCCUCCUGCCUGUGUUCAGCGGUCCUUACCAUCAUCCACCUCCUGGACGACCCAGCUGUCACCCCAGAUGGCAUUGCUGUUUAUGAAGCAGCCCAGCAGGUGAUCUGGUCAUGUCUGGUGGAGGACUCUGCGCUGUUCCUGAGAUUCUUCCUUGAGAAACUGACGAGGGAACGGCAGGAUGUGAUGGUCCGCCUGCUACGUCGCCUUGUGCGCUUCAUCCCUCGCCUUCCUUCACAAGCAGCAUUUGCCCUGUACAACUACAUGGUUGGCUAUGUGAUGUUUUAUGAUGUGCGUAGCCCCCAGCAGGCCUCACAGGAUCACAUAGCUGCAGCAUUGUCAAUACUGUGGACUGUUGUGCCCAGCAUUCAAGGGAUUCUCUUCAAGGAUAUUAAACAAAUAUUCCGUAAGGAGCAGUGUGACUCAGCCCUGCUUGUGACAGCAAAUGUUCCUUCAGCAAAGAAAAUUAUUGUCCAUGGUCCUGGAGGACUUGAUGGGGGUGGAAUCCCUUCACAGUUUCCAAUACAAGAAGAUACACAGUUCUGCCAGAUUCUUCAAGAGAGUCUAGACUUUUUUGGGAUCCCAGAAAAUGAACACAAAAAUUAUUUUCUAGUGGAUUACAAGACAAACCAAAUUCACAACCUACAGUCCUAUGUGCGAGACUUUUAUUUCUUCAAGAGAACACAGUACCCCCAGUUGUUGAUGGUUCACAUGGAGCCAGAGGCAGCCUAUGAUGCUUUGCAGAGACAAGCCUUCACCCUCAAGCUUUUGGAGAUUGGCAAAGUCCUUAUGUCUUGGUCUAUCCUCAAGCGCCCUGACCAGGUUGCUCAGCGAGUUUUUUUCCUGCAUGAAGAGUUGACGAAGUUACCUUCUUUUCCUCGCAAGGCCCUUGAGGCUGAUUUCAAUCUAUACAAGGGAGGAGCCAUGGGAAAAGAGCUGCGGGGUCUUGACCAGCUGCACAAAUACAUGUGGGUGAACCUUGUGACUCGAAUGUUUGAGGGCAUGGCUGGCAACCUCACCUACACCACUGAUCUUCACCUUUUCCUGAAUGUUAUUAAUGGAGCCUUCCUCCUGCACUGUGAGGAUUCAUCCAUGCUCAGGCUCUGCAUGGCUGCAUACAUUAAUGCUGCUCAUCACUUUAAAAACUUGUUUUCCACAAAUGGCUACCUGCACAUCAUGCCCACCAUCCUGCGUGUGUACAGUAAUUACCAGAGCAACAAGAUGGUGGUGACAGUGAUUGAGUUCAUUGUGAAGCAGCUCUACAUCCUGCACCGUAAGCCGUUUAUCCUCCAGAUGCUGGGGUCUGUUGCUCCCAUUCUUGAUAUGGAUGAAAAUGCUAUUUAUGGUGAUGCAAAUAAGAUCCAGCCUCGCCGCCUGUUUGACGUCCUUCUGUCUCUUGAGCGCCACCAUGAUGACCCACUCCACAUUCUUGACCUUGUUACUGUGGACAAGCCUCUCAGGGCUUUGGACUUCUGCUAUCAUGAGGAAUCUGAUUCUGUUACCUUACUCGAAGCUGUUGACAUGUGUGUAACUGUGGUGGCUUACUCAGCUGACUCCAGGAGAGGACAUCAGAUGCUGACAAUUUUGGAGGCCAUUUUGGGGCUGGUGUUGCGCCACCUUCAAGCCACUGCCGGACGUGACCUGCGGCAGGAGAAGGAGACAAUCCACCACAUAGCUGUGGCCAUGAAAACACUUAUCACCAACAGUGAGCCUCUUGCAAAGAACUACACAGGCCCACAAAAGUCAGCAGGAGAGGGCAAGGGCUCCAGCCGAGUGACCUACUCCAAGGCGUCAAAGGCAUACAACCCAGCCAUUGAGGUGGAUGAUGACUCACAUUCCAAAUACAUGAGUGACUCAAAGAGGUAUCAGGCAUAUGAAAGGGACAUUGAAGAUUCAGAGGCACUGCGUUGUGAUUUUCGUCAACCGCGAGACACUUUGUUGCAUGUGGUAGCAGAGUUUCUCACCACCUGUUCACAGCGACUGUCUGAUAUUAAUAAGAAGUCUGGCCAAGAAAGUAAAAAUUUAGAUCUGCUAGAUACCAAGAGUCAUCUCCGCCUGGCCGAGGUGGCCCACAGCCUGCUGAAGGUGGCUCCAUAUGACCCAGCCACCAUGGGGUGCCGGGGGUUGCAGCGCUACAUGAAUGAGAUCCUCCCUCACCCUGACUGGUCACAUGAGGACCUUCGACCAGCUCUUGUCAACAUCCUGAGGAGGCUGGAUAAAAUGUUUAAUAAAAUUGCCAAGAAAUACUCCAUUAGGCGUCUGACCGACUGGGGAGCAGCUGCCAGCCUGCUGAAGGGUGUGUACACCACACUCUCCAAGUACCCGUACAUUGCACACCUGCCCCACCUGAAGAUGGUGGUUCAGGUGUGUCAGUCCCUCAUCCUUGGGGAGCGCACGGUGUUGCUGGAGGGUCACAAUGUUGGUUCUCUCUCAGAUUCUCCUCCACCACACUUCUGUUCCAUGGUUGUCAAGAUUAUUGCCAUGCAAAUUUUGGCUCUUGGAAUGUUCAGCGAUGUAACCGGGGUCACCUACUCCCUGGAGCAAAUUUGUGGUGGAUCUUCCCUGUUUCCAACAUCUGACAAGACAGAGAACAUGAUCAUGAAUCUGCUGCUUCCGCUCUGUUUGCGAGUUGGGUGUGGACGCAAAGAUGCUCCAAAAAUGAGACAAGCCGACAUAAGCUUUGCCUUAACUGUUGUCUUGCAUGCCAUGAAUCCACCGCUGGCCAAGAUUGUUCCCCAGCAUGGUCCUCAGGCCAAGACCAUGCCAGGCUCUGAUCCUCGUUCUCAGUCAUGGUCCCACCAUCAGCUGGAUCCCCGAGCCUACCCAAAAGUCAAGCCCACCAUCCUUCGCAUUGCUUUCCUUGGACUGAAAGUGAUGAUGGUGUGCUUUGAGAAGAACCUCUCCCAGGAUUGGCACAGAGUCUUGCACUGCCUUAAGGACUUGGACACACGUGGUGAGGGUGGCAUUGCUCUCUGGGACUUUUUGGACUUUGUCGUGUCAUUUCGGACACCUCUUUUUAUCCAAAUGCGACCUUUCAUCCUGACCAAGUUACAGGCAGAAUGUUCUGAUGAGAGUACUGAGAACUACAGGGUGCUCAUUCAGGAGAGAGCCCAUGGGUGGUCACUCCCACCACCUCGCUGCCGAGGCUCACUGCUGCUUGACCUUGCACACCAGGUCAAGCAGCUGAAGGAGGAGCUGAUCACAGCCAAGAUAUCAGGGGACCAGGAUGUUCGACCACCAGCCUUAGAGAUUCAGAGUGAAGUAUCCCACAUAUCUCGGCGACCCAGACUGUCGUAUGCUGAUCCCCCCUCUGAGUGUCCCGCACCCUCCCUCACAUCUCCCCCAUUCAGGGCCACAGGCUCAGUAUCCAGCAGCAGUACUGGAUGCUCCCUGGCGCUCCACCGUGACCUGUCAGUACGCUCUGAGCCCCGCUCCACACCCUUCCCUUCCCAAGAUUCUCAGCCUCCCCACCUGUCAGCGGCUAGGAGGACCUCUUUUACAUGGGAGUCUCAGCACCUUGGGAAAGGCUCUCUGCGGCCCUCCCCACACACCACCUCUGAGCCUCGUCUCUACCGCAAGACUUUCCUGCUACGCAAGCGAGGCUCUAAACCUAACAUGCAGGCAAGCAGUGUGCCUGCCAUUCCUGGAUGUGUAAUUCAUGGUCCUCAUAUUUGGUGGGAGGACAGUAGUGUGUCAACACCCACUAGCCAGGGUGAGGGAGCGAGGACACCGGGCGACAACCAGGAGAGUGUGCGUAGUGGUGUGCGACCUCGCCUUCAACGGCAGAUGGCACAGUCUCGUAAAACGUUCAGGUUCCGCAAGAGUAAACAUGGUCAAACAGAGACUCAGGAACGCCAGCCUCAGGUUGCCCACAUUGAUGUUGAACCAACACGUUUGCCCCCUGUCACCGGCAGUCAGAUUGUGACUGAGGACCCAGCGCUUAGGGAGCUCUCAGUUCCUCUCAUUCCAGAUGACAAAUUAAAGUCCCAGACUCAUGCUUCUACCAAGAGGGAAAAACCAAAACCCAGCACAAUCCAGCCAGAGCAAGAAAGCAUGAGUGAGAUAAGCAACAUGGAGACCUCCACCAUCUCAGGCUACCGGGAGAGUUUUGGGGGCUUUGACAUGAGUCUUCAGGAGCUUGAACGCUUGGAGAUGCAGGUCCGUACAGGGAGAUACAAGGAGCCACUCACAGGGCCACCUGCACCCUUGUCAAGGAAGGGCUCCAUAGCUGAAACACGCUUCCAUGAAACCAAGAAGGGAGAAGCCAUGGUCCUAGCAACUUCAGAGGUAUCCUCUACUGUUGUCUCACAUCCGGCCGCCACUAUGGUUCCCAGACCCAUUUCUGACCGAGCUACUCAUCACAUCCAGCAAGAGCAUCCCAGGACGGGCAUUUCAGCCCAUCUACCCAGACAUUCUGAGGUUCAUCCUUCCUCCACUCACCCAGAAUCUCACUCUCUAGUGACUCGCACUUCUGUUUCUGUGGGUGCAGCAGACAUACCAUACACACUCCAUAGAACACACGCUUCUAAUUCUACGCGGUCAAGUCACAUGCCUCCACCGCCACACAGUGCUCCACAGUACACUAGCCACCCCACACACGCACACCAUUCUGUUCAUUUUUCAGACUUGACCCAACAAGCACAUGAUAGAGCUCAAGCUCCUCCCACUUCCCAGCCUUCCACUUCAUCCCUGGCCUUCCAUCCCAGAAGUGGCAGCACAGCCCCACAGAGCCACACACACCGCCCUCCACCAGCACCUGCACCUUCCACAUACCACACUUCCCGACAACCCCAGCCUAUAUGUUCAACUCUUUCCAGCCAAUCAAAACAGCAUGCAGCUAUUUAUCAUGGGCAGACUACUUAUUCUUCUCAUAAAGUAACUGAAGCAUCCAGUCAUCAUGCCAAACCCCAACACUCCACAUACUCUGUCUAUACACCUCAAACCAAGGACCUGGACUAUACUAUGCACAUUCCAUACACUGCUUAUUACACUCAUGAGACCUCUCCCAGUCAUUCAGGAUAUCCUCCAGACCCUACAGCCAAGACCAGCCAUGUAGGAUACCACAGUCAGACAGCAGUAACCUCCUCCAAACCCACUAUUCAUUCUCCUCCUCAGGCUGUACGUUCAACCCAUGAUCCUUAUCACUCUUCACAAGGCCCCCCAGCCACCCCCCUCUCCCACAAAGUAGGCCCCCAGUCAGUCCAUACAACUACCACCUUACCACCUGCCAAACCUACCCGCUCCUCCCACCUGUCAUCACAACCAACUGUCUGGAGACAUUCAUGGACUGAGGGGGAAGCCAAGGAGCAGAGAGUGUGGGGAGGGAGACAGGAGAUAGUUGGGGCAAUAGAAACACCCUCAGCAUACUUCAGUGAACAAGGGAAAUCAAAACAGGGGCGGGAAGGUCAGCAUGAGGGCAGGUCAGGGGAAGGUUCAACGACAGGGGAAUUGACCUCUCUGCUGAGGCGCUUUGACCGCCGCACACCCUCUGAGCAAUCACUGCUGAUGACCGAGAGAGAUGAAGACACUCUUAUUUAAAUACUAUAUGAAGAACGUACAUCAAAGAAGUUUCAUGUAGGUGUGGAGUUGAUUUGAGUUGACAUAACACCAGUUGCAAGAACUUUAAAGAGGUUACUUUACUAAGAAACAUGUUCUGGAAAGGUACUGCUAGUCAUUCGUUUGAUGAUCUAUAUGUCAGCAGUUUUAAGUUGUUACGGAACUUUCAUCUGAUAGGAAAUAUUGAUGCGGAGUACUGUGGUAGCACCACUUUUCACAUCCCUGUACUUCUCAUGCUCUAAAGAUGUCGUUCAUUUUCUCAUGAUAAGAGUGAAGUGCAGCCUUUCAGAUCGUGCACUAAGUUCAGACUGUAACUGAGCUGCUCAUAAUAUUUAAGUAGUUUCAAGAAUACAGUUAUCAGACUACCUGAGAUUAUUACCCAUAUCUUGAUGUUUGUAAGGACAAUGUUUCAGUGAGUCAGCCAAUGUAGUUUAUCAUAAUGUUCGAGAGCUCAUACAUAGCCUAGCUUACUAGCAUGCAGGCAAAAAUAUAUAUGUGUUCAAGUCCAUAUUACUUAUGUAUGGUAGUUUAUUGUAGAAAAUUGUAUUGUCAAUCUCUCGUACUAUAAUAUUAUUUAGUUUUAGAUACACGAGGAGAUAUGUCAUUAUGAAAUAUAUAAAGCUAAUAUAUAUAUAAUUAUAUAUUUAAUAAUAUUUAUUUAAUACUAUAAAUCAUAUCUAUAAACAAAGUGUAUAUCAAAUAAUUAUAUAUAUCACUAUAGUAUAAUGAAGUAUUAUUGAAUUGCACCUGUUUUUAAUAGUCAGCAAUGAGUCCUUUUUAAAACCUAGUUCUUAACCCAAUUAAAACUGAAUUAUUAGACCCAGACAACACAAACCAGUUAUAAUUCACAUUGAAAUAAAUAUCCUCGUCCAUUUGGACACAAAACCCGGAACAAGGUUCGUGUUUAACCCUGAUCCUGGUUUGGGUCCGCGCUUUGAUCAUGACAUGGUGAAAAACGUGUGCCAUAUGUUGAAUUAAAAAGCUAUAGUGAUUCAGCAUGUGUUGCCUGACCCAUAGGUGGGUGUUUACCUAAUCAUACACAAAUGGCUGCUGAAGGCUGGGUGGCCACGCCGGGAAGUUCUGAGUUGAGGGAAUCUCCGAAUCUUUCUCCUCA